UCAUCGCACGCCGUACCUCGCGAACGCACAUCUCACGCCGUACCUCCUACCAAUGGCCGCCGCCGCGAUGCCCGUCGCCGCUCCCGUCCUCUCCGCGCGCGCGUCUUUCCGCGGAUCCUCGAAAUCAUCGGUUCGCCGAUCGACCGCGAAAGCCGCCGCGACGACGACGCGCCGCCGCGUCGCGACCGCGACGACGUCGGAGUACAAGGUCGCGGUCCUCGGCGCCGCGGGCGGGAUCGGCCAGAGCCUCUCCCUCCUCCUGAAGAUGAACCCAAUGAUCGCCCAGCUGAACUUGUACGACAUCCAGGGCACCCCGGGCGUCGCCGCGGAUCUCAGCCACACGAACACGCAGACCAAGGUGACGGGCUACGCCGGCGCCGAUUCGCUCGCCGACGCGUUGAAGGGCUGCGACCUCGUCAUCAUCCCCGCGGGCGUCCCGCGCAAGCCCGGGAUGACGCGCGACGACCUGUUCGAGAUCAACGCCGGGAUCGUGAAGACGCUGUGCGAAGCCGUCGCGGCGAACUGCCCGGGCGCGCUCGUGAACAUCAUCAGCAACCCGGUCAACUCCACCGUGCCCAUCGCCGCGGAGGUGUUCAAGAAGGCUGGCACGUACGACCCGAAGAAGGUCUUCGGCGUGACGACGUUGGACGUCGUGCGCUCGAACACGUUCGUCGCGGAGGCGAAGGGGCUGGACGUCAACGACGUCGACAUCCCGGUCGUCGGCGGACACGCUGGGAUUACGAUCCUGCCGCUCCUGUCUCAGUCGUACCCGGCGACAAAGUUCGACGCGGAUGAGCUCGAGGCGAUGACGGUUCGCAUCCAAAACGCGGGCACGGAGGUCGUGGAGGCGAAAGCCGGCGCGGGAAGCGCGACGCUUUCCAUGGCGUACGCCGCCGCGAGGAUGGCGGAGGCGUGCCUGCGCGGGCUCUCCGGCGAGGCGGACGUCUACGAGUGCUCGUACGUCGCGUCCUCCGUCACGGAGUUGCCGUUUUUCGCGACCAAGGUGAGGCUCGGCCCGGGCGGCGCGGAGGAGGUUCUGCCCGUGGGCGAUCUCACCGAGUACGAGAAGGGGUGGCUCGAGAAGCUCAUCCCGGAGCUGAAGGGCAGCAUCGACAAGGGCAUCGCGUUCGCGAACAAGUAAGUUUCCGUCGUUUGAUCGAUCUGAUGAGGAGGAGUCCUUAAGGAUCGGCGUUCACCACGCGAACGGGGUCGUAUGGGAAGCAGUCUGCCCAUCUGAUCGAUCGACGCGCGGGAUGGAUGACGGACGAGAAGGACGCGUCCCGUCGUCGCGAUCUCGACGCGAAGACGCGAUCGGAGAGCGACGCGCGCGUCGAGCGCGGAGUGUUGUGGUGUUUAUUCUACUGAUUUAAUUAAACAGAUGGAUUAUUCG